GUACUCCAGCACCGCGGGCAACUGUGCCUACCACCCACCUCGCCCCGGUCACGCGUGCCGCUUCCGCAAACACGACUGGCGGCAAUCACUGCGUCAUGAGUCAGCCAGACCAUGAAUUAAUGGAGUCUGCCACCGCAGACACCGCACUCAGUGUCCCCGCGUCGCCGCCGCCGCGCGACUCUAUGGAAGACGCAGACCCCUCCUUGACCCGCAAACGACCCAGGCUUGACAGCGGCGGUGUAGAAACCCCAGCCAUGCACACGGACACAGACACAGACGCAGACUCCACGACUGCCCCGCUCGAGCAGCAGGUCGAAAUGACAAUACGGUCGCAGCCGCCCUCGUCGUCGCACACCCGCGACGCUGCCGCCAGCACUGACGAUGCACGCGCAACCGCGGCCUCCGACGAAGCCAUCCAUGUCCCCGCCGCCAUGGACGGCGCCUCGAGUGGGGCGAACGAUGCCGACGGUGCAGACGACAGCUCCGCCGACAGCCCGCCUAUCAUCGCUAUUGACGACGACGACGACGACGACGACGACGACGACGACGGCGACGCUGAUCCAAUGGCUGGCUAUGCCACAGCUGCUUCCUUUGGUGUCGAUUACGAUCCCGACGCGCACCUCUCCAUGUUCCCUUUCGCGCACGAUGGAGACUACAUGUACGCUGCACAGGAAAUUGCGAAGUAUAUCCAGUCCAAUUCGCAGGUGGAUGGAGCUAUUCUCAAUCAAGUCUCUGACUGGCUAGAUGGUCUUCCAGAUCAACCGCUGGCAUGGCUGAGCUUCUACGUAAACCAAGCGGGUCUUUGGGAGGAAAUCUGUUGCGUGGCUUGGAGGCUAUUGAAUCGGAAAACGUCCCUCGGCGACACCUUCGCCUCUACGGACAUGUCUGAAGAGGACAUCGUUACAAAGUUCUUCUCGUCGUACCUCCGACUUGUCGUACGCCUCACCCAGGUCGACGCUUGCAUGUUCGCACGGUCGACUCCGGGAGAGCACUGUCACCAUCCGGUCAUAUCUCAAAAGCACAUACGCCAGGUCCACCCGAUCAUGCGAAACUUAGUCAUGGGAGGCUCUCUUCACCUCUACAACAUGAUGCGGAAAGAAUAUAUGGCCGACAUCGAUACCAUGGAACAGCAGAUUUUAUCAGUCUACUUCGAAGCCGAGGGUCCCAAACAUCUUCUGAACUUGGCUUGCCAGGCACAUGGCAAGCUUCCACUCCCCGCACAGAACUGGAUGGCAACCAACGUAGCGGGUAUCGUGGACUCAAUAAUAAGUCAUCUCCUUGCGACGUCAAACGAAGAAUCUUCGAAAGAUGUAUUCAAUCUGCCACAAUUGUGUCGCGAUGCGCUUACGUUUUUUCGCACAUACGAGGCAGAUCUUCAGAUCCCUAGUAAGGUCGUCGACACAGGAGUAGCGAGGGAUACGAUUGCCUGCUUUUACUCAUUAUUGUUUAACAUCUGCCGAUCGGACGCCGUCUUAGCUGCUAACCUCGUUGCCGAGUUUCUGGAUUAUCGAGAUCCAGAGUCACCGACGGCGGAUCCAGCAGAUGACCAAGUCGGUCAUGCUCCGUAUCUCGAGGACUCCCUCGAAUACCCCAAGCUGGUCGCAAAUGCGUGGAAAUUCAAACUGCUCCGAAAGUACAUGGUGAAGGGACGUAUGGAAUUACGAGUCAUGAGUAUCGGCUACAUGGACAUGUCCCUUGUGGAGCUGUGGAAAGAGUACAACAACACACCUCUCUCGACAGGCCACCCGGUCAUGCAGUACCUUGCCGACUUCAUCCUCCAUGAACGGGUGGUCGACUACAUAAUAAGCGUCGAUUCGCAUCCGCAGCUUAUUUCUCGGAGCGGCAAUAUUGUCGGCUUUCUUGUAGUCACUCAUCGCUACUCCAACACGCAAACUGAUGCUAUCUGGAACACCAUCUCUCACAGCUCCGAUCCUCGUAUGGUGUCCGCAACUAUGACGAUGGUAAGAGGUAUCUACAACCUCAUGAGCGAGGCAGCUCAAUUAUAUCUCUGCUCGAAGAUGUAUGGACUUCCAAUCGAGAGCUACACUCUGGAUAUCCUGCGCUUCCUGAAAGACCUUGCUCCCAAGAUAUUGAACAGGGAAAAGGACUGGAGCGAAGUUCACGUCGAAGCGCGGCCCUGGAAUAUCUGUAUACGGGUGCUGCAAGAUACAUCGCCAGGCAGAGAGAGCACUAAAACAUCCAACGCUCUUCAUUAUGAGGCGGCUGAGCAGCUUCGUUCUAUGGUCACUUUCAUCUCUAAGGAUGAGCGGCGUCGGCUCCUACGCGAGUGCACCAUGCAUGUUGCAAGCAGGUCUCCAACAGCAACUGGUAAUGUUCGAGUGAUCUACAUACUCACAUCAUAUUUCCUUUAUGGCGAGCAGAGCUUUUUCAAAGACAAUCUCGAUGUCGUCCGCGAUGUCAUCGAGGAGAUGUGCGCAUACAUCGGAAACGAAAAAGACAUGGUGUUCAACGUCGAGCUCACAGCCCUCCAGUAUCGCCUUGAACUUCUAGCCCUUAUCAUAUACCAAGCUUGCGAAUCGAUACCGACCGAUCUUUAUCAGUCAAUCUGGGAUCACCUCAUUGGAAGCCAUGCGCAUACCAACCAUCGCAGGGAUAUGGCCUGGUCCAAAUUUCUUGAUGCCGUGAAAAGCAAACCGAACAACGACUUCUGCAAGCAGCUCGUUACCGUAUGCGUACCCAGACUAGACCCGGUCUACUACACCCUCGGGAUGUUCGAGUUUGUCGCAGCAUAUCGAUUCCCGACAACGCGACGUAGCGUCACUAUACAAGAAGGUACAAAGACAUUGCUGCAGAUUCGCGGUGCCGAUUUGCUAUGGGCCAUGAUCCUCUCGGCUCCGCCGGAAACUAUCGAAGAUCGUGCGGGUAGACUUCUGGCCUCACGCUAUUUGGAGGUAGAUCUCAAUGAAGGCAUCACUCUCGACGACCUUGAAGAGGCACAUGUUGCACUCGUGGAACAGUGCAUGAAGGAGCUGCUGUCCGUAUACAAGACACUCCGAGCAGAGACAGCUAUGACAUCGCCAAGUGCCAACCAAAUGGAUGUGACAAUUCCCCACGUCACGAAGCAGCAGAAAGAGCAACGAUUCUCCAGGACUGUGAUGUUUCUGAAGUUGCUUCUUGGUCUGAUUCGAAGCAAACCGGAAUUGAACCGUGCGAAGCGAUCGGAUUCCAAGGUUGAGCCUCUGGACGUGGAGCUCCCUGUCGGUGAACCACUUGAGAUCAAAUACUCUUGUCCAGUCACGCAUACAAAGGAGACAUUGGUCAUCGGCUCCGAAAACACCCUUCAAGACCUCUAUAACCGCUUGUGUCAAGCGACCGGGUGUACGAAGCUGAACCUCUUCGCCAAGGGUCAGCGACUCAGUGUUGUGAAUAGACCAGAUGCAAAAGUUGCCGAUCUCGGUCUAGGGGGCCAGCAACUAUUGGUUCAGAAGGCGCCCGGAGCCGAAGUUUCUCAGCCCAUGUCUGAUCCCAGCGGCAGCUCUUCGAUAUUUGAGACUACCUUGUUGAGUCACUUUGAUGAAUUAUUUGCAUGCAUGGACGCGGAUGAUCAUAUCAGUUCUGUAAUCUUUGAGUUUCUUUUCAUGUUCCCCUUCCAUAGCACCAUCGUCGAUUCUGUGAUGGCGGGCACGGCAAUUUCUGAGUCAUUGUUCCCGCAAGAUAAGCCUUGGCAGGCGAAAUAUGCUGCUUAUGCUCUCCAAAAUCGGCUGAGGGUACAGGUGAGGAAGAAUUCGGUGGACGAUACUUUCUUGGCCAACAGCGUGCGCUACGUCGAUCAGGCUUUGCUACGCCCAGGGCUGGUGGAACAGCAACGCUCAUCGUCCUCCAUGCCGUUACCUGGCGUGUUGGUCGGUGUACUCAUAGGCUUCCUUAAAGAGCGGCCUGCGCAAGAAAUUUCCUCCAGUUAUUUCUCAAACGAACAAGCUCUCGUGGAUCGUCUUCUGGACCUCGUAUCCAUCGCUCUGGAUAGCAAGACAGAUAUGGGCGUCCAUGCCUAUGAGUCGUACUGCACUGUCGUGGAGGCAUCCUUGCAUUCACGCGGUAUCUGGAAUGCUUUCAUCAACCAUGACAAAGCUGGUCCGCUACACGGAGCCCUGCUCCUACGUGAUGGGAGGAAGCUGUUACGAGAAGGCGUUGCCAAAGCCAUAUCAUCUGUCUGUGGUGGAGGUCUUUCUCCCACUUUUGCCAUCACCGAAGCCGACACGUCGAGCGCUUUUUGGCAAUUCAUAUCGUCUGUCCUGCCACAAGCCGUUCAGUUUCCCCGCCAAUCAGAGGAGUUGCUUGACCUUGCAGAUCAGGUCUUCCGGAAGCACGACGAGCAUAACAGAGACGAAGUAUCCUUACGAUUUUACUUAGCCACCUGGAGUGCACUUCUCCUUAGCUAUGUCCAUGAAGAAAAGGUGGGCCGAGAUGAGAUCGAUUGUGUCGUCCUUGGCUUCACCAAGCUCUUGCUUAGCUGUGUUUCGUCAUUGAAGUCAUUCAAGAAACCCUUGAAUGCUAGUUCAAUGAUUGAUAGGAUCUGGCGUAAAUUCUUGUUUGCUCCCAAAGUCAGCGAGAUGGAAGACGAGUCACAGGAGUCUCAAACGCCCAUACUGGAGAGCAAGACGCGGAAAGAGCUAUAUGACCUUGUCCUAGCACUGGCCGACGACCAAACAAGCUGCGGAUUGCUUCUCGAUCUAGCCGAGGAUCUUGGGAUUGAAAACCCUAACGCCGACUCGAGAGCCCUAUGCGUUGACAGAAGCAAUGAAAUCCGGGCUCCAACUGGAUACGUUGGCCUGUAUAACCCUCGUGCUAUCUGUUACAUGAACUCUUUACUUACGCAGCUCUUCAUGAAUGUCAACUUCCGCAAGUUCAUUCUCAAGCUGAACGUCACCGACCCGGAUGGACAACAGUUUCUCCUACAUCAGACCCAGAAGCUCUUUGCCGAAAUGCAGAAUAGCUAUCGCAAAUCUGCAGAUCCACGAGAGUUUGCGGUAUGUGUCAAAGCACCUGAAGGGACGCCCAUCGAUAUCAAUAUACAGAUGGACGCAGAUGAGUUUUACAACUUGCUCUUUGACCAGUGGGAAGGUCAGAUGCUUGCAUCAGGCAUCAAAGAGCAAUUCCGCUCCUUCUACGGAGGCCAUACGAUCAACCAGAUCAAGUCUAAGGAGUGCGAGCAUGUAUCUGAACGAGUUGAAAGCUUCUUCGUCGUACAAUGCGAUGUUCAGGGCAAGCAAAAUCUCUACGAAAGCCUGCAGUCUUUCGUGGAAGGCGAUGUCAUGGAAGGAGACAACAAGUACAAAUGCGAAUCGUGCGGAGGGAAACUGGUGGAUGCGGUAAAACGAACAUGCCUCAAGGACGUCCCAGACAACCUCAUCUUCCAUUUGAAGCGCUUCGAUUUUGAUCUCGUUGAAUUGCGCAGAGCGAAGAUCAACGACCAGUUCGAGUUCCCCGCUGUGAUCGAUGUCAGCCCUUUCAAGAUCGACCACCUGAGCGAUCCAUCGAAGCCCCGUGAAGAGGAUAUCUUCGAGCUCGUUGGCGUCCUGGUUCACCAAGGAACGUCUGAGAAUGGUCAUUACUAUUCGUACAUUCGCGAGCGACCAAGCCCUGUAGGACAUGCGCAACCAUGGGUUGAGUUCAAUGAUCGAGAUGUUGAUGCUUUCGAUCCAUCUUCGCUUGGCUAUCACGCCUAUGGCGGUUUCUAUGACGAGUUCCAGCGGCAGCAGAAGCAAUUCAGUGCGUACAUGCUGUUUUAUCAGCGUCGCUCCGCAAUCGUGGAGGAUCACAACCAAUACAUGGUGGCGUCACAGUCAGGGACUGUCAAGGUCUCUGUCCCUCCGGCUUUACAGCAGAGCAUCCAGAUCGAAAACGAUCGAUUCGUACGCGAGUAUAGCCUCUACGACCCUAAUCAUACCAAAUUUGUGCGGCUGCUCCUCACAAAUCUACGCGCGGUCAACCAUGGCACUUGCUCCGAAGAUCACCUACAAGAGUCUCAAGCACUCCAUGUUGUCCUCGAACAUCUCUCUCAAACACUUUUCCGUGUUAAGAGUGCGGAUAACUUCGAUGAGGCCAUGAUGCAGCUUCGGAAGACCGUCCUAUCGUGUGCCACGUGCUGCCAAGUUGCCUUGAAAUGGCUAGCCACUCAUCACUCUGCAUUGGCCAAUUUGCUUCUUCAUUGCGUCCACGGCAAGGUUCGCUCACAGACCAGAUCAUUCCUCAUCGAUAGUCUUCAGUAUCUUCGCGGGAAGGACCCUGUAGCAUAUGGUAUCGAAGCUACGGAAACAGAGAGCGAAUCAGGCUCCAUGAUCCAGACAGAUGGUGUACUCGUGGCGGUUUCUAGGAGUCUUCGCAAGGUUUGCGACGAAUCAUACCAGACCUUUCGCGGUUGGGACGAUUUGUAUCUAACCUUAUGUCAAGUCAGUGACCUUGGUCACGUCGAGACCGCGGUACUUUUGGACAGCAACUUUUUGGAGUUUGGCUUGCGCAUGUUCUGCAUGCACGCACUCGAAGCUUGUCGCGAUGUCGACUUGUGGCGCGUUGUCGACAAGAAGCGCCGCAUCUACAACCGCUUGAUCGAGUUUGUCUAUAGACUUCUAUCGAGGGUCGAUCUCCACGCCCAGGUGUUUACAAAGAACAGAGGUAGUCGACUGGACAUAUACGAAGUCAACGGACACAAAUUCCCUCUUUCUCGAGAGGAGAAAGCCUUCCUGUAUUUCUGGCAUGAGGACAACCGAGCCAUCGCGUUUUUGGAUAGGAUGCUCGAGAUGUAUGACCCCACGAAGACCGAGGUCUACUAUCCUGGCGAAAUCCUCAAGCUGAUGCUCAAAUCUGUCGACGGAAGGUUCCAGCAGCGGCUGUUCUUGACAGUUCAUGAAGGGGUCGGCUCGCUGGAGCCUCCGCAAUCUGAUCCUUAUGUUCGGGCUGCCCUGCCUUAUUGCGAGGCCUCUCCGGAUAUCCAUCACAUCGAUCAAGUCAUUGACGUUGUUCGCAACCAUAUCGUCAAAUACCCCCAGGGAGGCGGCGAGGCCAAUGUUUGUUUUCUGAAGGGCCUGCUGCAUCUCGACAAUGAAGCAGUGUCUGAUGAAAAAGGAACCGAUUACCCUUACACGGCUUCACUCCGGUUCGCAAAGUCCGUCGCUGUACAUCUACUCUUCUACGAUGACGAAGUUGUCCGCAAACUAAGCGCGGAACAUUUUGAAGAACUCUUUGUGCGGUAUCAAGACGAUCAAAAUACUCCCGAGGAUGUCCUCAAGUUGAAGUACAAAACAGUCCGGAAUCUUCUCUUUGAACUAAGCGAUAAGAUCGUUUUGGAGUACCAGAGAACGACUGCACGAUCGGACAUACAAGCGGUGGCUCAGGUGUGUGAGGUGCUUGCGCUGUUGAUCACCAAUCUGUAUGAGUCAGACGACCCAACUUGGGAGCCUUGCAGACACGUACAGGAUGGACACAUCAUAGAGAGAUACCAGUCGGAGGCUUUGCCGAGGCUGCAAAACUGGCCGACGGAUGAGAGCACUCCAGUUUCAACGGGCGAGGCGUACGAUCAUUCGGACUAUGGCAGUGAGUCUGAAAUGGAUCCUGAGCUCAUCGACCUUGAAAAUUGAGGAACUGCGCUGACAUGAUCGCACU